CAGACUUGAGUCGUUCUUUGCUUCCGCCUCGAUAACGUACAAUGUAGCAGAUUUGAGUUAAGUCAAUUUAAAAUUAGAAAGGCGACGUUUCCCCUCAAAUGCAUCGUCGAUAUACUGGAUUAAAGGCAUUGAUGUGAAUUUGGAAAAAUGUUUCCUGGAAGUAAAGUUUCAAACGACAACGCCUUUUGGCCAUGCAUUGGAUUAACAGCUCUUAACGUCAACAGUUCUGGCGGGUUUGGUGGCAAGAGACUAGUAAUGCCAGAGCGGAAACCCCAGAACCAGUUUACAGGGGACGGUCUCCAAGGCUCGGUACCAUCCUCGCCUGGGUCGGAUAUCGAGGAAGAUGCUUACACGUCCCUUGAUGUGGAAACACGAGAAAUUAUUGACACUUUCUUAAAAAACUUUACAGGACUCUCUCAUUCUAAAAUAGGAAAAAAACAGGUUCUUUCAACGAUGAAGAGGGUUGUGGAAAGUCUCGUGGUAAAGCACGAAAUCGCUUACAAAGGUAUGAUUGCACGUCUGAAUCUGGAGCAGAAUGGAGAAGAUGUGAGUUUCAUCAAGACUCUGGCAACAGAAAUCUUCAGCGAUGGCAUCACAAACUGGGGCCGAAUUGCCAGCUUGCUGACUUUUGGGGCAAUUGUGUGCAAGCAUCAGAAUGACAGAGGACUUCGCAAGUGUGUGAGUCUGGUGGGGGAAGAGAUCUCUUCCUAUCUUCUCACAGCCCAGCGGGACUGGCUGCUCAAAAACAAAGCAUGGGAUGGCUUUGUGGAAUUUUUUCAUGUCCCGGAUACAGAGGGUGCUGUGAGAAACACACUGAUGGCCAUUGGUAGUGUGGCUACAUUCGGAGCUGCACUUGCUUAUUUGAUACGGUGAAUCUAACUGGACUUUGUAAAAUGUAAAUCAAAAGGACUCUUUUGAGACAUAAGAGUGAAAUCAGUUUGAAUUCAUGUUUUCUUUUCAAUCUUUUUGUAUUACUUGUUGUGUAGAUAAACUAUUUUUUUAUUAAAAGUAAAAUUUAAAGUCAUUCAAUUGUUCAGAUCUUAAUUACAGAUACACUUUCGAUUAGUUUUUUUUUUUUUUUUUUAGUUUUUUUUUUUUUUUUGGGGUGCAGUUUACACAAUCACAUGUGAAAUUGUCAUCACUUCCCACAGUGUUCUGUACAGACAUUAUGUUCAUAAACUUGGCUGAAUUGGGAAUUGCACAGUUGGCAUAUUAAAGCUCACAACUAUUUUUUGCAAUUACUAAGAAAAAUUGUGUAAUUAGCCACUGUAGUUCAACGCCACAUUUUCAUGGUGUCACUUCCUGUUUCAGAAACAUUCUUUUACGAUGUAAUGCGCACGUAUCCCACACAUAACUUCAGGUGCUGGCUUACGCUCAUAACUAAGCUUUAAAGCUUUUAUCUAAAACCUCAUGGUGGUUCUGUUUUGAGUCCUAAUUUAGGACUAUGAUAACAGUUAAAGGGAUAGUUCACCCAAAAAUUAACAUUCUGUUAUUUACUCACCCUCCAGUUCCAAAAUUGAAAAUCUUCUGCUGAACAAAAAUAUUUUGAAGAAUAUGGGUAACCAAUAUAACAGCUGAUAGGCCCCCUAGACUUCCAUAGUAUGGGAAAAAAUGACUGAAGUCAAUGGGGCCCAUCAACUGUUUUGGUUACCUAUAUAUAUUUUUUGUGUGUUCAGAAGAAAUGAAUUCAUACAGGUCUGGAACAACUUGAGGGUGAGUAAAUGACAGAAUUAAAAUUUUUGUGUGAACUACCCUUUUGGCCACAAGGCUGCUAAAUGUUUUCUUUACCUGCUGGUUAACCUACACUGAAAUGUUUAGAGAAGUUUGAGAACAUGUUAUGGUCAUUGACCUUUUUCUGUGAAUAUUCUGUUCUCUAAACUGCAAAUUAAAACCAACAAGCUGA